AUGCUGAAGCGCGCCGUCUUCGGCCUCUUCGCUUCUGGCGGGGGCAGCCGGCCGACCUCGAGGCCCGGCGGCAAAGGCGAGGACUCUGCUACCAGGCGGCGGGGGCGGGAGAGAUUUGGCAGCGAGGAGAGAAGCGCUUCAGACUUGUCUUCAGACGCGGACGAGGAGUAUGAGCAGCGCAAGCGCUUCCAGAGGCGCGAGGUCUUUUCGGAUGAGGAGGGCGGCACCAGCGGCGGAGAAGAGGGGGAGGAGGAAGACGAAGAAGAGGAAGCGCUCGACGCGGAAGCGAGACUGGCGUUGAUCAAGAGGGCGGCCGCGAUGUACGCCACAGAUCCGCGCUCGUUCGUCAAGGCGAUGAAGCGACACGAUGCCGACCUCGCGCAGGAGACGGAGCGAGGCCGCGCCGCAGUUGGGCAAAAACCGAAGAAAGCCAAGAGAGGCAACGAGCAGAAGCUGUCGAACAAGCGACCGGCAGAGCCCUCAGAAAACGAAGAGGAAGACACAGAGGACGAAGACGAGUUUGCGCUGUACGACGACGCCUCAGAGGAGGAACUCGCCGCGGCGCCCAAGGAGAGCGCAGAGCCGGAGGACAGACACGAGGAGGACGCUGCCCCGGAGAACUUCCGCGGGCACUUCCAGUGCAAACUGUGCCCCAAGAAGAUCUUCAUUUUCGAGGCUGACCUCGAGCAGCACCUCAAGUCCAAAAAACAUCUUCGGCGAGAGGCAGAGUGGGAGAGGCAGCACGGCCUGUCGGGCGCGGGCGAGGAAGCUAGCGGAGACAGUGGCGUGGACUUGGCGCCGAUCGCCAAGCAGAGCAAGAGAAAGAGAAAAGAGAGUGCAGGCGGCGACGCAGCAUCCGCUUCAGCGGCGCCAGCUGCAAAGAGCGACAAGAAGAAAAAAGGAAAACGCUCACACGAUGAAGAGGAUGUGGCAGGCUCGUCUGAAGCGCAGAAGAGAGCUGAGGGCCCUGCCGGCAAGAAGAGGCGAGCAGCUGCGCCUGGAAGCUCGAAGAAAGACAACGAAGGGGACGGCGACGACGAGGGCAGCGCAAACCCAAGAAAGAAGAGAGCGAGAAGGAGGAGCGUUGCUGUCGACGAAGAGGAGAUUCGGCGACGGAAAGAAAAAUUCCAACGCAAGAAAGCUCGACGCCUCGCCCGCAAGCAUGCGCGGCAGCAGGUAGACGGAGCGGUGGAUAGUGGCGACGCGUGA